GUUUGUAUUUCCUUGAAAGAUACACAAGAGGGCGCCCAAGAGAAAUUGUACGAAGUUGUAUGAAUAUGGCACCUGAAAGGGGUUAUGAUACAGCUAAAGCCAUGCUUAAACAGCAGUUUGGAGAAGACUAUCUUGUUUCUGCUGCAUAUAUGAAAAAGGUGCUUGGAUGUCCCAUGAUCAAGUAUGAGAAUAUCACAGCUCUUCAGGAGUAUGCUCUCUUUUUACGUGGAUGUUGCAAUGCAAUGGCAGACCUACAAUACAUGCAAGAGUUGGACAUGCCAACAAACAUGAGAACAGUGAUUCUAAAACUUCCAUUUAAAUUCAGAGAAAAAUGGAGAACUACUGCAUGUGACAUCAUGGAAAGACAGAAACGAAGAGCAAGAUUUAAUGAUGUUGUCACAUUUAUUGAAUACCAAGUGAAAGUCAUUUCAGAUCCAAUAUUUGGGUCAAUUCAAAAUCUAGAAACAAAACCCACUGGUAAACCAAAGGACAUCUAUAAAUUUAAGCCACAAUCCCAGUCAAAACCAAAGUUUAAAGGAGACAGUUUUGCUACCAAUGUUAUCCAUGUUGACAAACCCAUUGUAGGUAAAACCAAAAGUACAAAUGAUGAACAUUCAAGCAGUCAAUCUAAAAGCAACUUAUCUAGUUGUUUGUUUUGUUCACAAGGGCAUUCUUUGGAGCAAUGUACAGGUUUUGGCAAGAAGAAACAUAGGGAAAAGGUAAGCUUUAUAAAGGAAAAGGCUGUUUGCUUUGGUUGCUUACUCGUUGGACACAGAAGCAAAGACUGUAAAAGGCGCCUAACUUGCAAAGUAUGCAACCAGAAACAUCCCAGUGUUCUUCACAUUUUUUCUAAAGAGCUCAAAGUUGAUAAAGCUGUCAGCACGAAUGAUGAACAGAAUGCAGAACCUUCAAUUAAUAACGUGCUUGUUUCUGCACAGACAUGUGGUCAUACAGGGGCCGGGAGUAACAAUGAUAUUUUGCCUAUCCUUCCAGUCCAAGUAAAGUCUGCAGUAGGUAACAAAGUCAUUCAGACUUAUGCAUUUCUGGACACAGGAAGCACUUCUACUUUCUGUUCAGAAAAUCUGAUGAGAAAGCUGCAUCUAAAUGGAAGAAAGACCAAAAUUAGUUUACUUACAAUGAGUCCCAAAACGACAGUUUCAAGCUAUGUGGUAAACAACUUGGAGAUUUCAAGUCUCAAUGGUAAAGUUUUUUAUGGGUUACCAGAAGUUUACACACAGAAACAAAUGCCAGUAAGCCCAGCAAACAUUGUUGAACAAAAAGACCUAACUAAAUGGCCAUAUCUUGAUGGUAUUUACAUUCCGCAUAUUCAAGCUGAAGUAGAGUUGUUGAUAGGUACCAACGCCUCUAAAUUACUUGAACCAUGGCAAGUAGUGAAUAGCCAGGGAGAUGGUCCUUAUGCCGUACGUACCCUACUGGGGUGGGUUGUAAACGGUUCGCUAGGCAGCUCUCAAAAUGAACAACAUACUGCUAGAGUAAAUAGGGUGUCUGUUGAAACAUUGGAAUUGCUAUUGGAAAAGCAAUACCAGCAUGAUUUCAGUGAAAAGCUGUCAGAUGACAAAGAAGAAAUGUCCCAGCAGGAUAAAAGGUUUAUGGAAAUUAUGGAGAAAUCUGUGAGCUUUAAAAGUGGACAUUAUAGUUUGAAGUUGCCUUUCAAAGAGAAAGAUCUUGCUAUGCCAAACAAUCUUAACGUUGCCAAACAACGUCUGCUUGGAACGAAGAGAAAACUUGAAAGAAACAUGAAAUUUCAGCAGGAAUAUACUGAUUUUAUGAAUGAUAUGAUGAGCCAAGGUUACGCUGAGAAAGUGCCAGAGCAUCAGUUGGAUCGAGAUGAUGGUAAAGUGUGGUAUAUCCCACAUCAUGGUGUCUACCACCCUCGAAAAGGUAAAUUACGUGUAGUUUUUGACUGUGGAGCAGAGUACAGUGGAGCAUCUUUGAACAGUCAACUUCUACAAGGUCCUAAUCUAACCAACUCAUUAAUAGGAGUCCUUUUGAGGUUCAGACAGGAACCUAUUGCUUUCAUGACUGAUAUCAAAGCAAUGUUUUAUCAGGUCACAGUGGCAGAGGAAGACAGGGAUUUUCUACGCUUCCUAUGGUGGCCAGAUGGAGAUGUUACGCAGGAUGUUGCUGUCUUCAGAAUGACUGUUCAUUUAUUUGGAGCAGUUUCCUCUCCCAGCUGUGCAUGUUUCGCUUUAAGAAGAACUGCAGAGGACAAUCAACACUGCUUUAGUGAGGAAGUAAGUGACACUGUUUACAAGAACUUUUACAUGGAUGAUUGCCUCAAAAGCGUACCUACAGAACAAGCAGCAAUUCAAAUGAUUAAAGACCUGACUGCUCUUUGUCACAAAGGUGGUUUCCAUCUAACGCAAUGGAUGAGUAACAGCAGAGAGGUCUUACUAUCUAUUACUGAACAAGACAGAUCCAAAAAUCUUCAUGAGCUCAAUCUGGAUCGAGACCAGCUACCAGUAGAAAGAGCCUUAGGACUUCAAUGGUGCGUGCAAACUGACACCUUUAAUUUUAAAACUGUUUGCAAAGAAAAAACUCCAACCAGACGUGGCAUUUUGUCUGUAGUAAGUUCAGUGUAUGAUCCUUUAGGAUAUCUUGCACCAUUGACACUUCCAGUCAAACUUAUCCUACAGGAGUUAUGCAGAACAAACCAUAACUGGGAUGAUGAGAUUCCUAAAGUUCUUGAGCAAAGAUGGACUAAAUGGAUUACUGACUUGGAUCAGUUGAACACUUUCAAAGUUGACAGAUGUCUGAAACCAUCUAAUUUUGGAGAACUGGCUAGUGCCCAACUACACCAUUUUUCAGAUGCCAGUGGAAGUGGAUAUGGAUCUGUAACCUACUUAAGACUACAGAAUUGUAACAAUGAUGUGCAUGUCUCCUUUCUGCUUGGCAAAUCUAGGGUGGCACCCCUAAAAUCAGUCACUAUUCCUCGCUUGGAGUUGACUGCUGCAGUCCUAGCUGUUCAUAUUGAUAAAAUGCUCAGAAAACAACUUCAGCUUCAACUGGAAAACUCUUGUUUUUGGACUGACAGCACAUCUGUCCUAAAGUAUAUAAAAAAUGAAAACAAGAGAUUCCGUACCUUUGUUGCAAACAGGAUUUCUGCAAUCAGAGAAGCUUCAGAUGUAACACAAUGGAAGUAUAUUCAUACUUCACAAAACCCUGCAGACGUUGCAUCCAGAGGAUUGACUGUUCAACAAUUGGUUACCAGCAAAGAAUGGUUAAAUGGACCAGAAUUUCUGAAAGAGCCAGUUUCAACGUGGUCAAAAGACAACAUUGACUUAAACGUUGUUGACAAUGAUCCAGAGCUGAAGAAGGAGCUCUCAGCAAAUGCUGUAACUAUUGAGGUCAUCGAGAAUGCAACCCCCAUAGGCUAAUCAAUUACUUUUCAGAUUGGAAAAGACUUAAAACCGCAGUUGCAUGGAUACUGAGAGUAAGGAAAGUCCUACUUGAAGUAAGUCGCCAAAGAAAACAAUUGACAAUGACUUUGAAAGAUGACAAUGUGUUGAAACAGAGAUUGCAACAAACCAAAGCUUCAUUUGGAGGUCCAUGCUUGUCUUCAGAUGACCUUUUAGAAGCAGAAAAAGCUGUAAUCCAGUUCUGUCAAUGGGAAAAAUUUAGCACUGAGAUUUCACUACUAAAAUCAGAAAGAUCUGAAAUAAGAAAAAAGAGAGUGCUAUACGUAAGUUGAGCCCUAUUUUAGAAGAUGGGAUACUGAGAGUUGGUGGGAGAUUGUGCAGAGCUGCUAUGCCCAAAGAAAGGAAACACCCGGUUAUUUUAGCCAAAGAUCAGCAUAUUUCUACUCUAAUCCUCAGGCACAUUCAUGUACAAAAUGGUCAUUGUGGAAGAAAUCAUAUGCUCUCCAUUUUAAGAGAAAAUUAUUGGAUUACCCACGCCAAUGCAUUAGCCAGAAAGGUUAUUUCGAAAUGUACCUUCUGCAAAAGGCACAGUGGUAAAUUGGGUGAGCAAAAAAUGGCUGACUUGCCUGUAGACCGAAUAACUGCAGAUCUUCCUCCAUUUACUAAUGUUGGGUUGGACUAUUUUGGUCCAAUUGAGGUAAAAAGAGGUCGCAGUUGUGUAAAACGCUAUGGCGUAAUUUUUACCUGCAUGGCCAGCAGGGCAGUUCACUUGGAGGUGGCAUACUCAUUGGACACUGAUUCUUGCAUAAAUGCACUGCGACGAUUCAUAUGCAGAAGAGGGCAAGUAUGUCACAUGAUAUCCGAUAAUGGAACAAAUUUCACCAGUGCCGAAAAGGAACUGAGAAAAUCUCUUAAAGAGUUGAAUCAAAGUAAAAUCACCAAGGCUCUAGCACACAAAGGAAUUAAAUGGAGUUUUAAUCCACCUGCAGCCUCUCAUCAUGGUGGUGCAUGGGAACGUAUCAUCCGAAUGAUAAGAAAGGUAUUAUCCUCUGUUUUAAAUCAGCAGACACUGAAUGAUGAAGAAUUACAUACUGUCCUGUGUGAAGCUGAGGCAAUUCUCAAUGAUCGACCUAUCACCAAAAUAUCUGAAGAUCCAAAUGAUUUGGAAGCGCUAACCCCCAAUCAUCUUCUUACAAUGAAGAGAGAACCCAUCUAUCCUCCAGGUCUUUUUGACAAAUCAGAUCAAUAUGUAAGAAGAAGGUGGAAACAAAUACAAUACCUCUCAGAUCUGUUUUGGAAAAGAUGGAUCAAAGAGUACUUACCUUUGCUACAAGAACGUCAAAAAUGGACAAAGGAAAGACGUAAUUUUAUGCCAGAUGAUAUUGUUCUUAUUGCAGAUCCUUCAGCCCCACGCAAUUCCUGGUUACUUGGUAGAGUGGUAGAAACUUACCCAGAUAAAAAGGGUUUAGUUAGAUCUGCACGAAUUCAAACCAAAACAAACACAAUAAUAAGACCUAUAACAAAACUUUGUCUUUUAUUGGAAAUGUGAAAGGUAAAUGGGAUAUGAUGUACCUUUAUUGUUAAAGAAGGCAAUUGUUUAUUCUUGAUGAUGAUAAUCUAUUUAAUGGCUCCUUAUAUUAUUAUAUGAUUUAAAAUUGUUUAUUCCUUAUGUCAUUAACAAUUAGGGGCCGGAAUGUUGGAGCCAUUAUAUAUUGAGUUUCUUUGUUUGACACUAGAUGGCGCCAUUAGCCUUGGUGAUGUAUUUAAGUUUGUGUUAAUGAGCCACAGGUGGCAAGGAAUUGACGGUCAAACAAACUUUUUUGACCGUGUGAAUCGGUUGUGCUAAUGUUACGUUCGUAUUUUGUUUAUUUGUUAUGAAGGUUGAAGUUUUGUAAAGUAUUUUAUUUGUCUUUAUUUGAUUUAUGUGCCAUGAUAAUAAAUGGACUGGCAUAUUCAACUUCA